ACUGCUGCUUCCUGUCCUCCUCCUCUCAUUUCCUCCUAUCCCUCUCUGCUGUUGCAGCAGCCUUCCUUAAAAAGAGAAUUUCAGAGUCUGGGAGAUGUGUGCCAUGCGUGUAAGAAACGGGUGUUUGUAGUGGAGAGGCUCAGCGCGGAGGGAUUCCGCUUCCACAGGGAAUGUUUCCGCUGUCAUAUCUGCAGAGCUCCGCUGAGCCAGGGAGGACAUUCCUUCGAUUCAGAGGAAGGAAAGUUGUACUGCAAACUCCACUUUGCACAAAGGAAACCCUUAGUGAAGAAUGGGAGGACACAAAUUCUACACACGAUGUGUAAUGCCGACUCUCACAACGGGUCCAGCUGGAGUCCAGAGGGACGUGAGCAUCAUCUCCAGGAAGAGUCUCCAGGUAUCCUGUCCUCACUGAAGAGAAGCCUGCACUGGCCGCUGCAUGUGUGUGCUGUGCCUCAUCGUGUGUUUAACUGGCUGCAUGGUAAAGCGUGGGCCACAGGAGUCCACCUGAGGGAUAAUGCCGAGGAUUACGCCUUCCUGUAUGAACUGCUCAGUGUGAGUCUGCCUCUGCUCGCUGUUCUCCAUGAACAGCUCGUCCAAAUACUAUUUGGGUAG